AUGCUGGAGUACUCUCUCAACCUGCAGAACGUGAGCUUCUCCGCUGUGAGGACGGUGCGCGUACUGCGACCGCUGCGGGCCAUCAACAGAGUGCCAAGCAUGCGUAUCCUGGUCACCCUUCUGCUGGACACCCUGCCCAUGCUGGGCAACGUGCUGCUGCUGUGCUUCUUCGUCUUCUUCAUCUUCGGCAUCGUGGGCGUGCAGCUGUGGGCGGGGCUUCUGAGGAACCGCUGCUUCGUGGAGGACAACUUCUCUUUCCCCCUGUCUCUGGAGCUGGGGAAGUACUUCCACACGGAGAACGACGACGAGAACCCCUUCAUCUGCUCGCAGCAGCGGGAGAACGGGAUGCGAGAGUGCGGCAUGGUGCCGGUGCUGUACGAGGAGGGCGGGCUCCAGUGCCGGCUGGACAUGGACGCGUACAACUCCACCGACAACACCACCUGCGUCAACUGGAACCAGUACUACACCAACUGCUCCGCCGGCCUGGUCAACCCCUUCAAGGGCGCCAUCAACUUCGACAACAUCUGCUACGCCUGGAUCGCCAUCUUCCAGGUCAUCACGUUGGAAGGAUGGGUGGACAUCAUGUACUUUGUGAUGGAUGCUCACUCCUUCUACAACUUCAUCUAUUUCAUCCUGCUCAUCAUUAUCGGCUCCUUCUUCAUGAUCAACCUGUGCCUGGUGGUCAUCGCCACGCAGUUCUCGGAGACCAAGCAGCGGGAGAGCCAGCUGAUGAAGGAGCAGCGCGUGCGCUUCCUGUCCAACGCCAGCACGCUGGCCUCCUUCUCGGAGCCGGGCUCCUGCUACGACGAGCUGCUCAAGUUCAUCGUGCACGUGGUCCGCAAGGGCGCCAAGCAGGGCGCACACGUGGCCCGCGCCCUGCUGCGGCGCGCCGGGGUCCGCAUCGCGGCCACGCCCCCGCCGCCGGAGCCCCAGGGACGGCAGCGCCGGCGCAGGAAGGCGUCGCGGCAGGGCUCGGUGUCGGCGCCGCAGCCGGCGCCGCACCAGUCGCACCACCACCACCACCACCCCCACCACCACCACUGCCACCUGGGCAACGGCAGCGCGCGACACACGGCCGGGGCCCGGGGCCCCCACGGGGCCGGGCUGGCCUCCUGGGACCUGGAGGCCGGUUCCCGUGGCGGCGACGGCGGCGGCAGCGGCGGGCGCCUCUCCCUGGCCCCACCCCCGUGCGCCAUGGCGACGGCCAACUCGGACACCCACCUGGCGGUCUCGGCCGCCCCCCUGGGCGGGCCGCCCCGCAGAUCCUACUCCACCACCCGGGCCUCGGCCCCGGGCUCCGGGGCCAUGAAGAGGAACUCGGUGCCGUUCGCCGGGCCGGGGCAGAAGAACUACCCCACCCUGCAGGCCACGGCCCUGGCUGAGGCCCGGAGAGGCAGCGCCGCCGCCCACAUCCACUACGGCCUCAACAUCCCCGCCGGGACCCCCGACAGACGACCCUCCAUGCUGGACGCCGGACCCCCCGCCACAGCAGGCCAGCCCUCAUGUCAGCUAUUGACCUCUCGUGACCUCAGCUCCGCCAGCAGCGGCCCCGGCGCGGCCGGCCUGACCACGACCUUCGACCCCGAGGGCUGCCCCUACUGCGCCAAGGCCCUGGCCCUGGGCGGCGACCCGGAUGGCGGCUUCGACGACUCCGACAGCGAGGGCGUGUACGAGUUCACCCAGGACCUCCACCACCGGGACGGGCGGGACGGCCGGCAGUCCGGCCCGCGGGGCCGCGGCCCGGGCCUCACCGCCGCCCGCGUGGUGCGCUUCUGGAGACUGGUCUGCGACACCUUCCGCAAGAUCGUGGACAGCAAGUACUUCGGCCGCGGCAUCAUGAUCGCCAUCCUCAUCAACACCCUGAGCAUGGGCAUCGAGUACCACGAGCAGCCGGAUGAGCUGACCAACGCGCUGGAGAUCAGCAACAUUGUGUUCACCAGCCUGUUCGCCCUGGAGAUGCUGCUCAAGGUGCUGGUCUACGGCCCCUUCGGCUACAUCAAGAACCCCUACAACAUCUUUGACGGCAUCAUCGUGGUCAUAAGCGUGUGGGAGAUCGUGGGCCAGCAGGGCGGCGGCCUCUCGGUGCUCCGGACCUUCCGUCUGAUGCGCGUGCUGAAGCUGGUGCGCUUCAUGCCCGCGCUGCAGCGGCAGCUGGUGGUCCUCAUGAAGACCAUGGACAACGUGGCCACCUUCUGCAUGCUCCUCAUGCUCUUCAUCUUCAUCUUCAGUAUCCUGGGGAUGCACCUGUUCGGCUGUAAGUUUGGCUCGGAGCGGGACGGGGACACGCUGCCGGACAGGAAGAACUUCGACUCUCUCCUCUGGGCCAUCGUGACAGUGUUCCAGAUCCUAACCCAGGAGGACUGGAACAAGGUGCUGUACAACGGCAUGGCCUCCACCCGCCCAGUGGCAGCGCUCUACUUCAUCGCCCUCAUGACUUUCGGGAACUACGUCCUCUUCAACUUGCUGGUGGCCAUCUUGGUGGAGGGCUUCCAGACCGAGGGGGAUGAGUCCAAACCGCCCUCGGAGGCGGGUUCCUUCGCACGCAGCAUGGAGGACGUGAACGGAAGCAAGAAAGAUCUGUCAGCAUCUGUCGUGGUGCCCAUCAACGGGCACGUGGACCUGAAGACCAGCCUGACCCCCCCGCUCAUCACCCACACGGCCGCCACCCCCAUGCCCGUGCCCCGGCUGCCUGCGGCCGGAGACCCCGUCCUGGGCUACGAGUCCCGCCGCGCCAGCAGCGUGUCCGCGGAGCCCGCCGGCUACGACCGCUCACCGUCGAGCGCCCGCAGCGCCCCCUGGGCCUCAGUGGGGGGCAGCCGGCGGUCCAGCUGGAACAGCCUCGGCCGCGCCCCCUCCCUGAAGCGGCAGAAGAGGCAGUCGGGGGAGCGCCGCUCGCUGCUCUCCGGGGAGGGGGGCUCCAGCUCCGACGAGGGGGAGGGCCACGCCGGCGGGGUGCGGUCCAUGGAAGAGGAGGACGACAACAACAACGACCACAACAACGACAACAACGACAACAACCAGGACAACGUCUCCCUGGCCCGGACGGACUCCAUGUCCGGGUCCCAGAGCCAGAGCCAGGGGUCCCAGAGCCAGAGCCAGGGCUCCCAGAGCCAGGGCUCCCACAGCCAGGGCUCCCAGAGCCAGGGGCCCCGGCACCGGAGGAUGGAGUCUGUGGAGACACGCUGCUCCAUGGAGCUGCCCGCCGAGAUGCUGCUGCAGGUGCCCUACCUGUGCCGCUCGGCCAGCAUGCACAGCUCACGGCCCCCCUCCCUGGGCUCCCAGCGGCCCCCGGAGCACAGCGACUGCAACGGGAAGGGGACCCCCGCCGCCGGCCCGGGGUCCUCGCAGAUCUCCCUGGACGGCAACGCCGAGGAGGAGGCCAACGAGGAGGAGGCCACCGCUGGCCGCGUCUCCAGACUGUUCGGCUGGCUGGAGAGGAAGCAGCCAGAAUGGUGUCGCCAGAGAGCCAGCUGGGCUAUCUACAUCUUCCCCCCUGAGAACAGGUUUCGGAUCGUGUGCAACCGGAUCAUCGGCCACAAGAUGUUCGACCACAUCGUCCUGGCCAUCAUCUUCCUCAACUGCAUCACCAUCGCCAUGGAGAGACCUCGCAUCGAGCCGGCCAGCGCUGAGAGGAUAAUCCUCACGCUGUCAAACUACAUCUUCACGGCCAUCUUCGUGACCGAGAUGACAGUCAAGAUCGUGGCUCUGGGCUGGUGCUUCGGGGACAAGGCGUACCUGCGCAGCAGCUGGAACCUGCUGGACGGGAUGCUGGUGAUGAUCUCCGUCAUCGACAUCCUGGUGUCGCUCAUCUCCAACUCGGGCACCAAGAUCCUGGGCAUGCUGCGCGUGCUGCGCCUGCUGCGGACCCUCCGGCCCCUACGUGUGAUCAGCAGAGCUCCUGGACUGAAGCUGGUGGUGGAGACGCUGAUGUCAUCACUGAAGCCCAUCGGCAACAUAGUGGUCAUCUGCUGCGCCUUCUUCAUCAUCUUCGGCAUCCUGGGAGUACAGCUCUUCAAGGGGAAGUUCUUUGUGUGUCAGGGGGAGGACGUCCGAAACAUCACCAAUCGGUCGGACUGUCAGCUGGCGUCUUACAAAUGGGUCCGACACAAGUACAACUUUGACAACCUGGGACAGGCGCUGAUGUCUCUGUUUGUUCUGGCGUCGAAGGAUGGAUGGGUUGACAUCAUGUACGACGGACUAGACGCCGUCGGAGUCGACAAACAGCCGGUGAUGAACAACAACCCCUGGAUGCUGCUGUACUUCAUCUCCUUCCUGCUGAUCGUGGCGUUCUUCGUGCUCAACAUGUUCGUGGGCGUGGUCGUGGAGAACUUCCACAAGUGCCGGCGCUCCCAGGAGGCCGAGGAGGCCAAGAUCCGGGAGGAGAAGAGAUUGAAACGCAUGGAGAAAAAGAGAAGGAAAGCUCAGAGUAAGCCCUACUAUUCGGACUACUCCCCCACGCGCCUGCUGAUCCACAAGAUGUGCAUCAGCCAGUACCUGGACCUCUUCAUCACCAUCGUCAUCGGCCUGAACGUCAUCACCAUGUCCAUGGAGCACUACCAGCAGCCCCGGGAGUUGGACGAGGCCCUGAAGAUCUGCAACUACAUCUUCACGCUCAUCUUCGUCAUGGAGUCGGUGAUGAAGCUGGUGGCGUUUGGAUUCAGACGUUUCUUCAAAGACAGGUGGAACCAGCUGGACCUGGCCAUAGUGCUGCUGUCCAUCAUGGGCAUCGUGCUGGAGGAGAUCGAGGUCAACGCCUCGCUGCCCAUCAACCCCACCAUCAUACGCAUCAUGAGGGUGCUGCGCAUCGCCAGAGUCCUGAAGCUUCUAAAGAUGGCGGUCGGCAUGAGGGCGUUGCUGGACACCGUGAUGCAAGCGCUGCCUCAGGUGGGGAACCUCGGCCUUCUGUUCAUGCUCCUCUUCUUCAUCUUCGCAGCGCUGGGAGUGGAGCUGUUCGGGGACCUGAUCUGUGAUGAGCUCCACCCGUGCGAGGGUCUGGGCCGCUACGCCACCUUCAGGAACUUCGGCAUGGCGUUCCUGCUCCUGUUCCGCGUCUCCACCGGAGACAACUGGAACGGCAUCAUGAAGGACACGCUGCGCGACUGCGCCCAGGAGACGGGCACCUGCUACAACACGGUGGUCUCGCCGCUGUACUUCGUGUCCUUCGUGCUCACGGCGCAGUUCGUCCUGGUCAACGUGGUGAUCGCCGUCCUCAUGAAGCACCUGGAGGAGAGCAACAAGGAGGCCAAGGAGGAGGCCGAGAUGGAGGCCGAGAUGGAGCUGGAGCUCCAGGGGGAGGGCUGCUCCUCCGCCGCCGCCCGCUCCCCGCUGCUCCUCCCCCGGCCCGGGGCCCCGCCGGGCCCCCCGGCUCCGCUGGCGCUGGGCAGCCCCGGGAGCCCUCCAUCCUCCAAGGGGACUCCUGCACACGGAGGGGGAGGAGGAGGAGGAGGAGGAGGUGGGGGCGGGGAGGGGCCCGCGGUGGAAGCCCCCGUCCCCGGAGAGGAGGGUCCCGGAGAGACCGGAGACCCGGAGGACGGGGACCUCGAGGCGGAGCCGCCGGCCCGACCUGAACUGCUGCUGGAGCGGCGGCACACGUUAAACUCGGUCUCCCUGGUGAUCCGGGGUUCUGUGGAGGGAGAGCUGAACCUGAAGGACGACCUGUCCGGCUCUGUCGGCCACGUCCCCGCCCCGCUGCCGCUGCCGCCGCCGCCGGGACGGCCCCGCGCCCAAACCAAGACAGAGGAGGUGGACCAGCAGGGCGUCCCUGAGGACCACCUGCUGAGCGUCAGGAAGUGUGUGGUGGGCCGCACGCACUCGCUCCCCAACGACAGCUACAUGUUCCCUCCUCCAGAGGCUCCGGGGGCCCUUCCAGUCCUGGGGCCCAAGCACACAGACGUUCCCAGGGGCCCCCGCUUAGGCUCUCGUAGCUCGGUGCGCUCCAAGCCCAGCAGGGAGGAGGAGGAGGAGCAGGAGGAGGGGGAGGAGCAGGAGGAGGAGGAGGAGGAGGAGGAGGAAGACGCAAGGGUCCCCAGGCAGCUCGCCGUCCCGUCCGAGCUCUUCCGUCCCAUCAGCCCCCACAGCCUCUCGGACCCGGAGGGCGGCCCCCGCCUGCCGCCGCCCCGUCGCCCCCACGCCUUCAGCCGCACGCUCCGCAGACAGGUGGCCGUGUCUACUGACUCUCAGGAGGGCGUGGCCUCAGACUCAGGCCGGCGCCCGGCGGCCACAGGCAUCGUGACCCCGCCCCCCUCCGCGGACCCCCCCGCCCCCCCGGUCUGCCCCUCCCCCUCCCCCCACCCCCUCCGGCGCCAGCAACCGGCCCUCCGCCUGGUCCCCGCCAGCCCGUGCGCCGGCCCCCGCCCCCCGGGGGGCGCCUCCCCCUCGCCGCUCCCCCCUGUCUCCCCGCCCCGCCUCCUGGCCCCCCCCUCCCCCCCCCGGCAGCAGCGGCGGCCGCGGGGGGAGGCGGCCGAGACGGACCGCGAGGUGUCCUUCAUCACCAGGGGCCCCUGGGCUCCGUGGGGCCCCGGGGGCCACUGGGGUCCCGGGGGGGCCCGCGGCCGAGGCGCCCGCGGCAGCUCGACCGAGGAGGACCCCGGCGCCCCCCGGGCGGAGCGGCCGCUCAAGAGGUUCCACAGCGCCGAGGCCCACGGCCACGCCCCUCCGAGGCCCCGCCCCCGCCCCGCCUCCUGGCUGGACGACCCGCGGCGCCACACUGUGGAGGCGUGUCCUAUGGCGGCGGCGGCGUUCGGCCUCGGCCCCGCCCCGCCGGCCCCCACGCCCGUCGCCGCCCCCCCCCUCCCCCCGCCGCGGCGCAAGAAGAAGACGAGCCCGCCGUGCAUCUCGGUGGACCCCCCCGACGGGGCCCCGCCCCCCUCGGCCCUGGGGCCGGGGCCCCCGCCGCUGCCCCGCCGGGACGCCUGCCACCUCAGGAGGAGGGGCCCCUCCAGCGACUCCAAGGACUCCUUUGACCUGGGGGCCGGCGAGGGGUGUGGGGGCCCGGGGCCCGAGCCCCCAGACCCCCCCGGCACCAACACCAACCCCAAGCUAUUGACGCUACCCAGCUUCUCCCUGGAGAAGAACGCUGAGCACUGAACACACCGACCACAGACAGACACACACACACACACACACACACACACACAGAGACACACACACAUACACACACACACACACACACA